AUGGAGCGCCGGAAAGGCAUUAUUCGACUAGUUCGCAGCGCGGCGGACCGUCUGGUCGAGCUCCAUCUUGAUUGGCCGCGAGUCACGCCGCUCCCGUACUUGCCCUCUCGUUCCCCGCCCGGUGCCGUCCUUUCGUCCACCUUUACUCCCGCCGUGGCCGAUCCUCCCGCGUCUUGUGCUUCCGAUAACGUUCUCGUUCGCGAUUCGAGUAAAUUAAUUCAUGCGAGUCUUACGAGUGCUGAGAGUAAAUCUGCUCAUUCCUCCUCGCACCGAAUUUUGCGACGAUCCGUUGUCGAAAGUCGCGAGAUUUUCACGAGUCGGACGACGAUCCCAUUCGCCAAGGCGCGGGAUGGUGGGCUUAGUCCCGUGGGGGCGGUAGCAGUUGCGCGGCUGACGCGACUCGAAUGCGAGAGAGCAGUUGACGUCAGAGGCGGCAGAAGGCUAUACGGGACGAGGCGAGCCACGUCAGCGACAGGCGACGACCCAAUCGCGGGUCGCGAUCCGUCGCAUGACGCAGAUGCGACGACGUCGCUUGACCCGCAACCGUCGCCCAGGAGGGUCGUCUCGAUCGACAAAGUCCCCGCCGACCUUCUAGAACUCUUCCGCGGGUGGGGGAUGGACGACCGCGAAGUGCGCCGCGUGUUGCGCUCUCGCCCGGGGCUGGCGCGGAGCGGAAUGGCGGAGAAGGUCCUUCCGGGCGUGCGCGUGCUGCUGGCAUGCGGGGUACCUCCGCGCGACUUGGCGCUCGGCGCGCUGUACGAUUCCGUGUGGCUCGGGCAGUCCGCGGAAAAAAUAACGGAGAUUGUGCGUUACCUGAACGGGCUCGGGCUGACCGACGGAGAGAGCAUUGGAAUGGUUCUGAGGAGAUUUCCGCGCGCUUUCGCGUUCGAUCUGACCACUCAGCUGCAGCCACGUGUCCAGAAGCUGUUAAACAUGGGAAUCAAGGACACGUCAUACAUCAUCAAAGCCUGUCCACGUCUGCUGCAACUUUCAUCCGAACGAGUUCAGGAAAGAUUAGAUUUCCUCGCACAGGUGGCAGGCGAGGGCCACGUCAGCACCAUCGUCCAACGCCAGCUGUACAUCCUCACCCAGCCAAUCCCAGAACUCCAAUCCAAGCUCGACGCCUUCCAAACAAUCCUAGGGUCAGAAACGCUCGCACGGAAAGUCUUCCGGGAGAUCCGACGGCUGCCAGCGCACUCAGCGAGCACGAUGAUCUCCACCUUCCACACCCUGUGCGAGAUCGUCGGCGGGCAGGAAAACGCCCGAAAAGUGGUCGAGAAACGCUCCAGUAUCCUCGCAACCAACUCCACCACUAUGCUCUCAAACUUCAACCACUGGCGAGCGUUGCUCCCGCAGCUCUCCCCCCAAGAACUCUCCCACCUGUUUGUGCGGUACCCUGCUCUGCUGCAUUUGAGCUGGAAGAGCAACAUCGCUCCCAAGGCGGAGUUUUUUCGGCGCGAGCUGGGGCUGUCGGAGGCGGCUGUGGUGGCCGUGCCGCUGGUGGCGUGUUACAGUUUGGAGCAGCGGAUUAGACCGAGGAUAAAGCGCGUGAGGGAUGCGGGGAUUAGGGUGGUGGAGCGAGGUGGCGGGAUUGUGUGCCUGCCCCGGUGUGUGGUUGAUGGGGAGAGAGGGAGUGGUGGAGAUGGUGGCAGUGACGGUGAUAUUGGCAGUGGUACUUCACAGAGAGAGUGCAAUGGUUAUGGGGAUAGAGGAGAUGAUGUGAGGAAGGGCAAGGUUGGCCCUAGUGCUGGCCGUUUUGGCAGCAAGAAUGAUAAUGUUUUGUCAGGUGUGAGGGAGAAGGACAGGGAUGGGCCUGGUGGUGAGUCGAGCGGUGCAGAAAUUAGUCUAAGCACGUUAAUUCAAGUGAGUGACAGCAAGUUCGAGCAAUUGUUAGAGAGACUGGUCAAUGCCCCACUUUCUUACUUCGAGACGCAAAGCAAGUCCACUCCACGCUAG